AUGGGAAUGACGUGUAGCCUUUUUUGUGAUCAUAGGAGUUAUUGCUGCGAGGCGGAGCUCGGUCAGCAUCAUUUAUUUACCGCGAGGAUUGUCUGGCACGAGAGUAACGUGAAGCUUCUUUUUUUUUCUGAUCAUAGGAGUUAUUGCUGCGAGGCUGAGCUCGGUCAGCGUCAUUUAUCUACCGCGAGGAUUGUCUGGCAUGAGAGAGUUAUUGCUGCGAGGCUGAGCUCGGUCCCCGUCAUUUAUCUACCGCGAGGAUUGAGUUAUUGCUGCAAGGCUGAGCUCGGUCAGCGUCAUUUAUCUACCGCGAGGAUUGUCUGGCAUGAGAGUAACGUGAGGCUUUUUUUUGUGUGUGAUCAUAGGAGUUAUUGCUGCGAGGCUGAGCUAGGAGUUAUUGCUGCGAGCCUGAGCUCGGUCCCCGUCAUUUAUCUACCGCGAGGAUUGUCUGGCACGGGAGUAACUUAUUUCUGCGAGGCUGAGAUCGGUCGGCGUCAUUUAUCUACAGCGACGAUUGUCUGGCAUGAGAGUAACGUGAAGCUUUUUUUUUGUGAUCAUAGGAGUUAUUGCUGCGAGGCUGAGCUCGGUCAGCGUCAUUUAUCUACCGCGAGGAUUGUCUGGCAUGGGUGUAACGAGAAGCUUCUUUUUUGUGAUCAUAGGAUAACUCCUAUGAUCACAAAAAAAGCUUCUCGUACACCCAUGAGUUAUUGCUGCGAGUCUGAUCUCGGUCCCCGUCAUUUAUCUACCGCGAGGAUUGUCUGGCAUGGGAGUAACGUGCAGCUUUUUUUUUGUGAUCAUAGGAGUUAUUGCUGCGAGGCUGAGCUCGGUCAGCGUCAUUUAUCUACCGUGACGAUUGUCUGGCAUAGGAGUUAUUGCUGCGAUGCCGAGCUCGGUCGGCGUCAUAUAUCUACCGGGAGGAUUGUCUGGCAUGAGAGUAACCUGAAGCAUUUUUUUUCUGAUCAUAGGAGUUAUUGCUGCGAAGCUGAGCUCGGUCAGCGUCAUUUAUCUACCGCGAGGAGUGUCUGGCAUGGGAGUAAUGUGAAGCUUCUUUUUUUGUGA